GUCGCCCACUCAUGACGCUAACUCCGAGGACAUGAUAUCAUUAACCCAGACAGGAGUCCGUUGCGCUAGUACUAUAUAUGUCGCCCUGGGAAUCUAGUAUUCAGUAAUUCGCCUGGACCAGUGCGUUUCGACCUUUCAAAAACACAUAGCUAUCCUCACCGUAGCGACAACUUCCAAUCCCACUGCAAAAUGUCUCAAGUCUCCCACAGGUCCCUCGGCCCCAUCGGGUAUGGCCUCAUGGGCCUCACAUGGCGUCCCGACCCAGUGCCCGUUUCGCAGGCGAUUGAAGCCAUGAAGCAAGCUCUCGAGUCAGGCGACAACUUGUGGAAUGGCGGAGAAUUCUACGGCACGCCCGAGUACAACUCCAUGACCCUGCUCAACAGGUACUUUACACAAUAUCCCGAGGACGCGGACAAGGUGACACUCGUCAUCAAGGGCGGCGUGGACGUCAAGACCCUUGUCCCUGACGGGUCGCCCGAGUUCAUACGCAAGUCAGUCGACAACAUCCUCGCGCAGCUUGGUGGCAAGAAGAAGCUCGACGUGUUCGGGCUGGCCAGGAGGGACAAGAGGGUGCCGCUUGCCACUACGCUGCGCGUCCUUCAGGAGGAGUACGUCGACACCGGCAAGAUUAGGGGCAUCGCCUUGUCCGAGUGCAGCGCUGAGACCAUCCACGAAGCCAGCAAGACCUGCAAGAUUGCCAUGGCCGAGGUCGAGCUCAGCAUGUUCUCCCAGGACACCCUGCACAACGGUGUCGCGGCAGCAUGUGCGCAGUACGACAUCCUUCUAAUGGCAUACUCACCCAUUGGGCGCGGUAUCCUUACCGGCCGCUUCAGGAGCGCAGAAGACGCCAAGCAUCUGGGGAUGAUCGGGUCACUCCCGCGUUUCCAAGACGACGCCAUGGCGCACAACCUGAAGCUUGUCGAUCAGGUACAAGCCUUGGCCGACAAAAAGGGCUGCACGCCUGCACAGCUGGCGCUUGCUUGGGUGCGAAGUAUCGGCAAAAGAGAUGGCAUGCCACACGUCAUCCCGAUUCCUGGGUCGACAACAGCGUCCCGAGUGAAGGAGAACAGCACGAUCGUGGAGCUCGAGGAAGACGAUCUCCAGGCGAUCGAGAAGCUGUUGGCAAACUUCGAGGUCAAGGGCGGCCGAUACCCCCCCGGCAUGCCUAUCGAGAUCUAAAGCGGGCGAUCUGUACAGACGAAUUGGUCAGCAUGCGAUGAUUGCAGAAGUGAUCAACUGGUACGAUGGAAAGGGUUCAUGGAGGAUCAGCUGGAAGUUGUCCACACACCGGCCAUAAAGGGCGAUUGGGCAUUGCAGAAUUCUUAAAAAGAAUGACAUCAUAUGAAGGCUAUGAGCUAGAAAAGUGACGACUUACCAUGUGCCUAGGCAUAGAGAGACAAGCUGCGUUUUCAGUGUCAACAUGUCUCGCGAGGUUCUGAUGUUGAAGUAAGAUGAACAAAAAUUG